AUGUCAAUUGCGCUAGACUUUUCGGAGUUUGUUCUUAGGGUUCUUGACUCUAGUUCCAAGCCAGAUGCAACGAUUGGGCUUUGUGACUACAAAGGCUUUUUCCGAUUCGUUAAAGACGUCCUUCCUUUCGUUCGACAUACCUAUGGCGAUUUCGUGCAAAUGUUGGCAAAUCUCUCGUCAUCAAUACUCCGAAAUCACUCAAAUGCAUUUUGUGCAUUUGACGACCUAUGUGAAGAAUUAAAGGUUUUUCUGUCCACAGGGCUGUACGUUUCCUUUGUGGACUUCCUCUUGUGCCUCCUACGGGUCUCGCCCUCAAGCGCUAGUGCAAAGUUACAGGAGGCACAGAAUCCGAACGCUGCGUUGACUCUGUUCUCCCUUCUGUUGCAACAAGUUGAAAUGUCUGGUACGUCCAUUUUCUCAAGCCUACGUUUAGGUCUAAAAAGUACUAUGACUCCCCAAGUGUACAUGAAGUUUUUUGAUGUUCUUCGCGCCUUCCCCAUUGGUGUUGCUCAUUCCACCUUACGGUUGCUCGCUUGGUGGAGAUUUUUGUGUAUUCUCCCGGAAAAAAUGCUCUCUGAUGGAUUUCGUCGUUUUGUGUCUCCGUUUCUCGCAAACCUCUUGGGUCGUUACAUCAGCAUCACUGCUUGCCUCGGAGAUCCGAAUUUUCACCGAUAUCAACUCAGUUCAACCUCGGUUUAUAAUGGGGAUGUUACCGCCCAAGACCUUGCUGCUUAUGUUUUUUCCUGCAUUUUUGAAUAUCCUGAACUAGAGCCUGAAGUCUUCUUGAAGAAAGAAAAAUUACCCAAACUUGUCCUUUCCUCCUCGUUUCUUUCCGAACACAACUAUCAGCUUUUGGUGGCGGUCUUCCACUGGCUUCGUUAUUUGAGCGGUUCGGGUAGGUGCGUUGGAGACCAGAAGGUUGCUGAUAUCUGGGUCAAGUGUCUCAAGUGCAUUAGACAUGCGAUUUCUGUUUGUAAACCUAAUGACGAGGCGUUUAAGAAGGUGUUUAUGCAGCAGAUUCUCGAUCUCUCCCUCCGCCUUGUCUCUUCGCAGACGCCGUGUGAUGAUCCAUCCUCCUCGGGCUCAUUAAUCGAACCUUCCGAUAUCGAUAUUUCUCAAAACCCUACUCCUGGUGAUUGUAUCACUAUUCUUCAUGAAAUAGCUGACUCUUUGGAUUUUGAGAAGCUGCCCUUGGAGUUGAAGUCUGCUCUGAACUACGACAUAUGUGCCUCUUGCUUAAAUCUUAUCUCAGCUUGGCACCGUGACUGUUGUUCAUCUGAUUUAAUUGCUGAUUCGGCUCAGGACGAUAUCAUGAAGGCCGUUAGUCUUUUGGCUGUGGAGUCGGUGGAAAAAGAUGCUCGGUUAGCCGUGAAAGAUAAUAUCGCUGCAACCGCGGGUGGCAAUCUCAAACUUCUUCGUGCACUUCUUGUGCGACUCGUUCCCGAGUGUGUCGAUUUCGUUGAUAGGCAUCUUAAACUCCUCGAUACUCUCUAUUGCAUUCCCUCAUCCAGUGUGAGCUUGACGCUGAAUACCGCAAGAGCGAAUGGAGCAGGACUGCAAGUGUGGGUUUCCUUGACUGAUCGCCUCACUCAACUCACUGUUGCACAUAGAGUGACCGAUCCACCAAAGUCUGGAACAAAGGAAGUAGAAAAUUUGGUUUCUGACUUUCCGACGAUGUUUGCUUUCUGCCUGGCCCCCACGUUCCUUGCUGGUAGCUCAACAGCUCCUCCUUCGCCCGAACUGGAGCAGAAAGUGUUGAGUGCACUGUUCGGUCUCUUUCGCGUUCUGCAUACGGAGGCGUGCCUUCUCACAAGUAUUCCUGUAAAUUCAUGGAUCGACAAAAUUAGUGACUUGAUCAUCGCGUUAAUUCAAAAUGACACUUCUGAGUUUGGAAAGAAAAUAAAUAUGCGCAUUGUCUCCAACUUCGUCUCCUUUAUGGUCAAAUCUGCCGAAGGAAUUGAGGAAAACUUCAAAGACCCUUUUAGUCCUUCGAAGUGGCGCGUUCAGAAAGACAGACCGUUGGGUCAAAUGACAGGACCUGUGAAUGCCAUUUCUUGCUGCCUAGGUGUCAUGCCGUUGGAACAUUUCGAGAUGUCAGUCUGCAACUCGGUGUUUCUUCCACCAACACGGCGGCAUAGCAGUCGGACUCGAAAUUUACUAGGCUCGCAUGUACCCACUGAUGGACCACAAUCUCCAACAAAACUCUAUGAGAUGGUCUUUUGGGAAGGUGAAGAGCAGGAUCAAGAUUCACAUACAGUCCAAUCAGUAACUUGCAAUCUUCUACAUUCCCUUUUUCUUAUUUUGCAGCGACACAUACGUUCCGUAGAAACACUCCUCACGUUGAUUGAGCUCUCCUCUACGGGUCUGCUCACUCUUGCCAAACGGCUCAACUCAACCUGUACUCUUUUCAGAGAUGACGAGGUUCCUGCGAUCAUUGUAACUGCAUUCGAGGCUUUCGUUACUCUUGCUUGGAAUCGCCUUCAGAAGUGUUUCUGCAAACCUGGCGUAGUUGAAAGUCUUCAGCAGCAGAAAGAGCAGGAAUUGAAGCCCUUGGAACUACCGCAACACGCAGUUCGUCAGUUAUUGGUAUUCUUUGAGGCUGCAGUUUAUCUGGCUUCAAGUCCUUUCUCGGCUCUUGAGUACCGGCUUGCUGCUGCAGCGAAAAGUCCAAGUUCGCCCAUCUCACCAGAGCGUGGUCGUUACAAGCGAUGCUGUUACUUUUCAUCUUGUCUAGAAGCCAUCAUUUCGCGCCGUCGUAAAGUUUUCAUCAUGUGCAUUGUGUCGUUGUGGGACACGUUGGUCGUCUCGGCGCCAGCUGAUGCAGCUGAUCUGCGAGACCGAAUUCGUAGCCUGACGGGUCAAUUCUCCAAAUGUUUAGUCGUAGUUUCGCCUCAGAUCUCGCUAUAUCGUCGUGUUACUUUUCCUGACUGGAUUUCGCCCACCAUCCUACUAGGGCGAGAGGUGGAGCAAAGUGAAGCAGGAAACGACCCACCUUACAGUUCCGCAAAAAAAACUUUAAUCCAAAAGACUCGCAAAGCUUCUGGAAAAUUGCCCACUGCUAAUGAAAAGGAACCAGAAGAGGGGUGUAAGCAAGAAAACCACUUAGAGCGGGCACAGGAGACCACUCCUAACCACGAUGGUGUCACCGAAACUUCCCAGAUCUCUUCUUCCCAAACAACCCCGAAGCAGUCAAUGUGUGACUCAUUUUUGGCUUCACGCCGCCUAUGCACCGCAACAGAUCCUCGGGAGUCCCUCCCUCCUCGGCGAGCCUUUAUCUUAGCUCGCAGGAGACCCUCUCUAGCUGCAUCUCAGACAGCUCCUCAACCUUCUGCUGCUAACACAUCACACAUUGUCACGAAUCUUUGUUGUGUUGCAUCAGUCCCUCAGCAGGUUCAACGUCGCCUCUUUUCUGAUGAAGAUGAUGAUAUUAUCGGUGUUGUCGCUUCAGCUACUUCUGCAAUGUCGAAGGUGUUGCCUUCCCCUCGUAGUAGAAAGAGAUUAAAUCCAGGCAAAUCAGACUACAGGCUCCCGCCCAACUUGGCAGAUUUUGAAGAUUCUGCUCAGUUUGUCUUCAUUCCUCCGUCAAAUUGCGCUAGCAAACGUAUGCGUCUUACUGAUCACCAGAAAGAGCGCCGACGUGAACAAAGACAAGCCUAUCUUCCUGCCAUGUAUAACAACCUGGAUAUUAGCAAGGUCUCUGCAAGUUCGAGUGUAUAUUCUCCGAUUAGCUCGUCUUCUUCGCAGUCGUUAAGGGCUCCAGCCCGACCUAAGGCUCAGGCUCAAUCGGUUGGAGCACUUGCGUCACUUACAAUUGCAGAUUCUCAACCACCAGCUCUCUCACCGAAAGCUGCAAAUGCCAUCGCCGGCACGUCGUCUGGUGAUACCGCAGUUUCGUUUGAACCAACACAAGGACUCCAGAAGGAUGCGUCGAUGAUGUCAGCCAACAUUUCAAACGUGUCUCCUCAGAGUGCCAAAACAGCUGUCGAUGGGUCUUUGCUUGGUCCGGCAUUCGAAGAGGAGGCGCCCAUGUGCUUAGAACUUGGGGAGCCAAAAAGUGUUCCUGAAGAUGAUGUUGCGGGAGCGAAAGAGGAAGUUGCUAUCGUAGUAGGCACAAACCCUUCGCAGUUCAACGUGACAUCGACUGGGCAUGCGUCAGCAGCCAGUCCUCGGCAAAACUCACACUCUUCGUCACCUCCCUCGUCGAUGCUCUCGGCCUCGCCGGUGGUAUCUUGCUCUGGCUUGGCUGUGCUAAGGAGUCCUCUUCUUGGAAGGCCGGCGGGUCUAAGAGCACAAAGAAUUCUCGAAAUGGGCCUGGCGAAGGCUGCGGAAAGGAACAGACAGCGAGUGUUGUUUCCAGGAAUGAGAAUUAAUUCACAAUUUACUUCUCCUGUAACAUCUCCAAGUGUGAAGCAGUCAGAUUCACCCGGUCUGAGAUCUGUAUCCCUGAUUAUGGUUAACAUCUGCCUAGGCAUUCUGCGAGAUAUUACUACGCCAAGGCCGAAGACUCGUGUAUCUUUUGUUGAGCAACCAACGGUCUUUAUUCUUGAUUCUUCCGAAUCAUCGCCUAGCACUUUGUGGCUAAAAGGAAUUGAUUCAUCUACGUCAAAAACAUACUCAGUUGCGCCUCCUCCAUCCACCCCUGGAGAGAUUGCUGUUUCUGAUCCUCAGUACUUGCAACGAACAGAGGUGGCCUAUCCCUCGGUUGACACGGCUCUCUUACACGAUCAGCCCGAUGGGUACCUUGAUUUGCGAAUGAUAAGCUUAAGUAGAUUGAAUGGGAAUAGAUGGGUGCUAUACAUGGUCAUUGGUUAUAUUUUACCCGAAAAACUUGCUACCUACUUUAGGAUUUGCGAUUUUUAUGAAAUUACUUUUCUAAUCUUUAGCAAUAAGGAUAUUGAGACUCGUCACAUGGAGAGUUACUCUCCACCAUCACUUUCUUCUCCGAUGGUAAAUCGUCGUCGCAAGUCGACCCCACCGAGACGUCGUGCUCCUAUCAAUCGUGCGUCGAGAGGGACUCUGCGUUCUCCAUUAGGCGGCUCUGGAAAUGCUAGCCCUCUCUUACAUCCACCUUUAGGUUCGGGCGAUUGCGCGUCCUCUCGUGUACCCUCUGCAUCAACAAGAGUAAGAGGCACCGAGGUCGAUCUGGACGCCCUCACUUCUCCCCUCCAGAUCGUCGACUCCAAGCUUUCACAGGACUCGUCACCCGUGGCGAAAAUGCCGACUGCGUCUCAGCGCGAAGACCCAUCGAUAGCUGAAGUCGACAGGGAUGUGUUAGCUGAUGUGACAACUUCGGUCGUUCAAGCCGUUCCUCUCGGUCAAGUGACUGAGAAAGACAAUGAGAAGGAUAUGAAUAACGAAGACGUGGUUGGAGGCGGUCAAGGACCGGGUGACGUCGAGGUGAUUAUUGUUUCGGACACUGAAGCAGAGCAAAAUAGUGAACAGGUUCGUCAAUUUCUUGACAACCCUGCACCUGAGAGACACAAGAGAGCAACAGAAGUAUAUAACAAACAGAUGGAUACUGCUUUGGUUGAUGCCGGCGUUGAGACCACGGUGGAGAAUGUAGCACAAGAUGACGCCAUCGGGCAGGUGCGUGGAAUGCUUGGAGCUCUACAAGAUCGGCUUUUGCUGAUUCCAUGCGAACAGCAAAAGGAAUUGCUGUUAGAGGUUUUGGCUCUUUUUAAGAAUAUCAUUCCAUAA